AGAGGAAACCCAAGCGGACACGGGGGGUAACAUGCAAACUCCACACAGAAAGCCCCAGGCCGGAUUCGACAAUCACCAAACUGACCUUGCUGACUAAUUGCCUCUCUUUACAACGACGUCAAAAUCGUGACUUCAUUUGCAGUCAUUUUAUCAUCCACCACAAUCAAUGGAACUGACUACAAUUCAUGGUUUAAAGCUGUGCUCCUACCUCAAUCCAAAGCAGGCCUAUAGCCGUUUUAAUUUUUAUUGUAGAAAUUAAGCAAACAGAAAAGCAGAGAUCGUUCAUAGCACAGCGUGUACCUUGACGCCCGCGUUCACUUGAAGGGGGUAAAACCCCUGAUUUUAAUUGAUGUCUCAGGAGAAUUUUCAUGCACGCGCAUUCCACACACACGGGGAGAUAUAUUCUGCAGCACGAGUACAGAAGCACAUUAAGACUAAAGGGGUUUCGACAGUCACUGAUGCUGAGGAGAACUGGGCCCAGAGAAAAAGCAGUCACGCGGAGGCACCGAACAUCGCGCACGCGCAAUGGGAAUUCUCACCACUUCGAUCACAAACAACUCAAUCGUUAGACCAGUGGGAUUUUACGUUAUCGGAUUUACGAAUUUAGAAUUUGUUGAUUUAUAUUUAAUUUUCCUCGGCUUCAUUUAUAUUGUAACGGUUUUGUGCAAUUCCUUUAUCAUUUCCAUUAUAUGGACGGAUCAUCGCCUGCGCACUCCGAAGUACCUUGCGGUGGCUAAUUUAGGGGUUGUCGACUUGGUGUGCAGUACAUCCUUCAUUCCUAGUGCGAUCAAUACUGUUCUCAUGAAAGAUACCUUCAUGUCCUACAAUGCAUGUUUGACACAGGUAUUUUUUUAUUACUGCUCUAUAGCACUAGAGUCAUUUUCCCUGGGUGUACUUGCCUAUGACAGAUUAAUUGUGAUAUGUUUCCCCCUGAGGCACAGUUCUAUCAACACACCCACCAGAAUGAUCAGUAUUUUAGCAACUGUUUGGUCGUUUUGUGUGAGCGUCACUGCGUUCAUGUCUUUCAACCUGACAAAACUGUCUUUUUGCGAUUCCCUCACUGUGUACAGCUUUAUGUGUGACCACGUGGCCGUACUCAAUCUAGCGUGCAAUGACAACACAAUGCAUUGGACCGCUGCCUCUGUACUCACUGUACUGGAUUUCUUUGGGCCACUCAGUUUAAUCGUCGUGUCAUACGCCUGUAUUUUGACAGCCGUGUUUAGAAUGAAAAAUGUGGCGAGCAGGUACAAAGCACUCGCAACCUGCACGGAACAUUUCAUUCUAGUGGCCAUUUUCUAUUUUCCGACCAUGGCGCUGUACAUCACAGAACUUUUCUUAUUCACUGUCAAUCCAAAUGUCAAAAUGGUGAACUUGUCGUUAGCCUCGUGCAUCCCGGCCUGUCUGAACCCCAUUGUGUAUUCCCUGGCAACCAAAGAAAUCAGGAACAGAAUACUGGCUACGCUCCAGAAAGUCAAGGUAGCAGCGUGGGACAUUUUGCAAUGAAUAAAAUUCACUUAUUUUAAGGCC